UAAAUAGACUUCUGGGAAAUUUCUUAAAGCAAUUUUUCUAUGUUGUUGGUUUUCCUUGAAAUUAAUGUGGCCAAUAUUUAUCAAAUAAAUAUUAAAUAACAUAUGAAAUCUGAUAAAUCAAUAACAAUCCAUGUUUUUUCGAGGAAGAUUACCCGAAAUAUUUGUGCUGCAAUAAAAAGCCUUGGAUUUCCAGUUAUUGUGCAGAAAAUUAAGUCAUUGGCAGACAAGAAUCCAACCAUGAGGAUCGUAAUUCUCUACUUAGCUUUGCCGGCUUUUCUGUUAUUUCUCAACUGUGAAGGGUGCAAUGAAGAAGAAAGAGACGCUCUCUUCCAAAUAAAAAACUCAAUAAACAGCCCAGUGGGAACUGCUUUCUCGAGCUGGUAUGGACAAGACUGUUGCCAGUGGGAGGGUGUAGAAUGCGAUGAAUCAAAUUCUCGUGUCAUCCGGAUCAUUUUCCAGUAUCUCAGGACGGCACAGGAAUUAAAGUCUGAAGCAUGGUAUCCAAAUGCAACCUUAUUCACUCAGUUCAAAGACUUGCAAGAACUCUAUCUCCCAGGGAAUCGAAUUGGCGGAUUCAUAUCAUCUAAUGCACUGUACAAACUCAAGCACCUGCAAAAGUUGGAUCUCCAGGACAAUGUGAUUGAUAACAGUUCUCUCUGCUGGGGAAAUAUACCUACUCUUCACUACGUCAAUCUGUCAAGAAAUAAACUACAAGGUUAUAUUCCACAGUGCCUUUGUGACAGUCAGUCUAUGACUGAGCUAAUUCUUUCUCACAACGAACUGGAAGGAAACAUCGAUGGGUGCCUCAGUAAUAUGACUUCUCUAAAACAUCUAUCUCUGUCUGAUAACAGCUUCUAUGGAACAUUUCCUUCGUUACUGUUUCACAACCUGACAAAUAUCGAAUCUUUGGACAUCUCGAAUAAUCGGUUCAAAGAUGUGAUUUCAUUCUCUAUUUUUGCCAAUCUAUCGAAACUCCUUUAUCUUGACAUUUCAUAUAAUCCUGAUUUAGAAAUUGAAACAGAGUCUCCAUCGUGGUCUCCAUCUUUCAGCCUAAAUCAGCUUGGACUAGGCGGGUGUAACCUCAAUAGGCGAAGUGGUAGAAAUAUUCCCAGCUUCUUAUCCAUGCAGAACCAUUUGCAAUCCCUAGACUUGUCUUAUAAUUCACUUUUUGGGAGCUUUCCUUCGUGGCUGCCCUACAAUAUUUCUUCAGAAUUGUGGAUAAGAGGCAACAAUUUGAGCGGUCCAUUUCCCAAAAUCGGAAGAAACAUGAGCUCGCAGUUAGCUACGCUAGACAUCUCUGACAAUAAUCUAUUUGGGCUAUUUCCUGCAGAUAUCAGAUCUUAUUUUCCCCAUCUUGCACGCCUAAAUGUCUCCCACAAUAUGUUCGAUGGCACCAUCCAAUCUAUUGGUGAAUUGAGUCAACUUCGAUAUCUGGACUUGUCAAAUAAUAAUUUUCAAGGAGGGAUACCCCAUGAAAUAAUGAGCAAUUCGACAUAUCUGGAAUAUUUGAGUUUAUCCAGGAACAACUUGCAAGGGAAAGCACUUCCUAGGAAUUCCAGUCUGCCUAACUUGAAAUGGCUAUAUCUCGACAGAAAUGGCUUCACGGGAUCAUUUCCAGACGGCGUAUCAAAAUUUUCUUCCUUACUAUUUCUUGAAAUUCACCAUAAUGAUUUGUCAGGUGAUCUUUCGAUAAGCUUUCCUGUUCUUGCUCAAUUAAGAGGGCUUAGUCUUAGAAGGAACCGUUUGAAAGGGAGCAUCCCCCUCCAGUUGUGCCAAAUGAAACAUUUGCAUGUUUUAGAUCUUUCAGAAAAUGAUCUCUCAGGUGAGAUUCCCACUUGCCUCGACAACAUUACUUCUUUGACAGAAGAAUCUUCUAGCACUGAUUUCAAUCUAAGAGGUUCUUCAUCUUUCGUUGAUUUGACGAUAAGAGGUUCAUUAUACUGCUAUAGGGGAUCGAUACUCAACUACUUGUAUGCAAUAGACUUUUCUAGGAACAAAUUGACAGGAACAAUUCCCAUACAAGUAGCGGAGUUGAAAAUGAUCAGAUUCUUAAACAUGUCUAAUAACCUGCUCACUGGACAAAUUCCGGCAUCUCUGGGUAAAUUAAAAAUCCUGGAGAGGUUAGAUCUUUCCCAUAAUGCGUUCUUUGGUAACAUACCUAGCGAGCUCAUAGUUUUGGACUUUCUUGAAGUUUUUAAUGUUUCUUUCAAUAAUCUGACUGGGCCAACACCACUAGUGGCACAAUUCAGCACAUUUGAUGAUUCCAGCUAUCUGGGCAAUCCCAACCUUUGUGGUCCGCUAUUAAAGAAAGAAUGCAAUAUGUCGGUAGAGAAGUCCCAAGGGAAAAGAAGCAAGAAAACGUUGGCAGAAAUCAUGGAAAGCUCAAUUUUGAUAUUUGUGGUACACAUUUUUCUGCUUUGCUUGGUUCAAAAAGAAUGAUGCUCUGUUUAUUGCUAUUUGCUGAAUGAUUUAUCUGUGGGACAAUCAUUCUCGUUUCGACUCAACAGAAAUUUCAGUUCAGUUUAAUAUCUUCUUCUUCUAAAUUUUCAUGGUCCCAAUCAAUAGUUUAUUUUGCUCUC